CGGUCUGGGAGAGGUGUUAUUUUUUGGUGAAACGCCACAGGCAGACAGGAAUGACGUUAAUCUGGGCCAGGCUAAAGCACCAGGGUUACUGGGUUUGAGGGGGUUGAGUCUUAGGUACUGCCAAGUCAGAACAGAGGUAACAGCCAAGUCUCACCAUGACCGACAGCAGCGAAACCAAAGCUGUCAAGCGACGAAGUGGCAGCCCGGAAGAGACGGAGAAACUGAACCCGGAAGAUGGAGCGACGGUUGAGGUCAAGGGUGCCUUGAAAAAGAACGUGGGACUGGUCAGUGCCGUGGCUCUAAUUGUCGGUACUAUGAUAGGAUCUGGAGUGUUCAUUUCACCGACUGGCGUUCUCAAGUAUUCUGGGUCUGUAGGCGCCAGUCUUAUCGUAUGGGCCGGAUGUGGAAUCCUCGCUCUCCUCGGUGCUCUGACGUACGCUGAGCUCGGUACAUGUGUACCGUUAUCCGGAGGAGAGCAUGCGUACUACAUGUUUACCUACAAAAACAUGGGCAGAAACUUCGGCCAGCUUCCGGCGUUCCUUUACGCAUGGGUGGGAAUCUUCAUCAUCCGGCCGGUCAUGUUUUCUGUGAUAUCUCUCAGUUUGGGUACAUACAUCGUCAAGCCGUUUUUCCCGGACUGUGAACCGCCUAUUAUGCCCAUUAAACUGAUCACCGCUGCUGCCAUGUUGAUCAUAACUUUUGUGAACUGCUACAGCGUGAAAAUAGCGACACAGGUGCAAAAUGUAUUCACUGCUGCUAAGUUAUUAGCGGUUGUAAUCAUUUCAAUCGGUGGCAUUUACUUCAUUGCCGCAGGCAACACAGAAACCAUAAGCGAAGGAUUCGAAGACACCGCUGAAGAUCCAUCUUUAAUAGCUUUGGCUUUCUACAAUGGCCUUUGGGCUUACGAUGGAUGGAACAAUCUGAAUUUCAUAACAGAAGAGUUAAAGGACCCAUACAAAAAUCUGCCUCGUGCCAUCAUCAUCGGAAUUCCCCUAACCGCCUGUUGUUAUGUCCUUGCAAACAUCGGUUAUUUUGGCGUGAUGUCACGUGUUGAGAUUCUGGCCUCACCAGCUGUUGCUGUGCAAUGGGGCGAGCGUGUAUUGGGAGUGAUGGCAUGGCUGAUGCCAAUGUUCGUCGUCAUGUCCUGCUUUGGAGCCUCAAACGGCUGUCUGUUCGCUAGUGGAAGGCUGUGUUACGUAGCUGGUCGGGACGGCCACCUGCCCAAAGUCGUGUCUUACAUUCAUACAACCAAGGUCACCCCAGCCCCAGCCCUUAUAUUCACCCUCAUCACGGGCAUCAUCUUCCUUAUCCCUGGAGAUAUAAGCACGCUAAUCGACUUCUAUGGCUUCAUCACGUGGAUAGUUUACGGGUUUUCUGCCCUUACACUACUGGUGCUCAGGUUUGGCAGAAAAGAUCUCCAAAGACCUUACAAGGUUAAUAUUGCCCAUUCCCAUCAUCGUCCUCAUCAUCUCGUGCUAUCUGGUCAUAGCCCCGGUUAUCAGAGAACCUAA